UGCUUAUCGUCCGUGUGCUCUUUCUUUUCAACGGAGGAUCUAUUUUAAUACAUCAUGGUUUCACCUGUUACCGUUGUGAAGAGUGAGGGCCCAAAACUGGUUCCAUUCUUCAAAGCCACCUGUGUCUACUUUGUGCUGUGGCUUCCCACUUCCAGUCCAUCUUGGUUUAGUGCCCUCAUUAAAUGCUUGCCCAUCUUCUGCCUCUGGGUUUUCCUGCUGGCACAUGGAUUCAACUUUUUAGGAGCCCACUCAAGCGCCCGAAAGAUACUGGCAGGGCUCAUAUUCUCAGCUCUUGGAGAUGCUUUUCUAAUCUGGCAGGAGCAGGGCUAUUUUAGCCAUGGGCUGCUUAUGUUUGGCAUCACACACAUCCUGUACUCAUCUGCGUUUGGGAUGAAACCAAUCAACCUACCUGCAGGCCUGGUCAUCGGCACUAUUACAGGACUGUGCUACACCAUGCUCUAUCCCUACCUGUCUGCUCCCUUUACCUACCUAGUGGCCGUUUACAUCGCUCUGAUUGGAUUCAUGGGCUGGAGAGCCAUCGCCGGCGUGCAGCUUGCAAAUGACCUGUGGACGUGGACCAAGCUGUCUGCCUGUCUGGGAGCCGUUCUCUUCAUGGUGUCAGACCUCACCAUUGCUGUCAACAAGUUUUGCUUUCCAGUGCCCCACUCGCGUGCUAUCAUCAUGGCUACAUACUACGCUGCACAGAUGCUGAUUGCUCUGUCGGCUGUAGAGUGCCAGGACGCUGACGUGGCCAGAAAAAAAAUGUGAGGAGCAAUUAAUUGAAAAUGUGGCAGCUUUGUUUAUUUGGGUCCAUCCUCUCUAACUUAAUGUACAGCAUAACCUCCUAUUAUGGAUAGCAUAAUUUUAUUUGCUUCACGUGUCUCUGGGGGUUUAACCACUUUUAGAGAGUUUGUGAUUAGAAUUAAUGCUGGAUUUGUGGUCAAUCAAA